CUCUCUCUCUCGUUGUGCAGAAAUCUCUCAAAGGAAAUCCCAUGCAACCCUCAUCCAUGCAACUCUCUCUGUUAUUCAUGGAAAGAAAUGAAUUAGAAGAAUCCCUCCUCUAACAAACUCCUGUUUUUAGAAUCAUAGCUUUUGUAAGACUCUCUCUCACAGUUUUCUUGUCAUUUUCACAAAACCCAUAUAAGAACCCGUAAGGAAAUCUCUCUCUCUCUCUCUCUCUCUCUCUCUCUCUCUCUCUACAUAAUCUUUCUCUUUUUAAACAAAACCCAUAAAAGAUAUUCUCUCACUUAAGAAAACCUUCCAAAUCCAAAUCCUCAUUAUAUAUAUAGUAUAGAGAAACUCCGUCUCUCUUUGUUUGUAAACAUCUAUAUAUAUAAAUAUAUACAUCUAUUAAUCAAUAGAGCGACGCUAUUCAUAUCUCGGCAAUGGCUGGGAAUGAAUGGAUCAAUGGCUACUUGGAGGCGAUCCUGGACAGUGGGGCGGCUGCGAUCGAUGAUCAAAGUCCGUCGCCUGUCAAUCUUCGGGAGAGGGGCCAUUUCAAUCCGACCAAGUACUUCGUCGAGGAGGUAGUGACGGGCGUCGAUGAGACCGACCUCCAUCGGACCUGGAUCCAGGUCGUCGCCACUCGCAACACCCAAGAGCGCAGUAGCCGCCUCGAGAACAUGUGCUGGCGCAUUUGGCACCUGGCCCGCCGAAAGAAGCAGCUGGAAUGGGAAGAUUUUCAACGAAUGGCAAACCGGAGGCUGGAGCGGGAGCAAGGUCGGAGGGAUGCGACUGAGGACAUGUCGGAGGACUUAUCGGAAGGGGAGAAGGGGGACACGUUGGGGGAGUUGACAUUGAGCGAGACCCCAAGGCAAAAGUUUCAAAGGAACCUCUCCGGUCUCGAGGUGUGGUCUGACGAUAACAAGGGGAAGAAACUCUAUAUCGUCCUCAUCAGCUUGCAUGGUCUAGUCCGCGGAGAAAACAUGGAGCUGGGCUGCGAUUCUGAUACUGGCGGUCAGGUGAAAUAUGUGGUUGAACUUUCUCGAGCACUCGCCAUGAUGCCGGGGGUCUACAGGGUAGACCUUUUCACUCGCCAGGUAUCAUCGCCCGACGUCGACUGGAGUUAUGGAGAGCCCACGGAGAUGCUAACCUCAGGUUCAUAUGAUGGUGAUGGUAAUGAUGUUGGAGAGAGCAGCGGGGCCUACAUCAUACGCAUACCAUGUGGCCCUAGAGAUAAAUACCUCCAUAAGGAAUUGCUGUGGCCCUACAUUCAAGAGUUCGUAGACGGAGCUCUGGCCCACAUACUUAACAUGUCCCGGGUGUUGGGCGAACAGAUUGGUGGGGGCCAGCCCGUUUGGCCCUACGUGAUUCAUGGUCAUUAUGCUGACGCGGGCGACAGUGCGGCCCUCCUUUCAGGCGCGCUCAAUGUCCCGAUGGUUCUUACGGGCCACUCGCUUGGGAGGAACAAGUUGGAGCAGCUUCUUAAGCAAGGACGUCAGUCGAAGGAGGAUAUCAAUACAACUUACAAGAUAAUGAGGCGUAUAGAAGCUGAAGAGCUCUCUUUGGAUGCUGCGGAACUUGUCAUCACAAGCACUAAGCAAGAGAUCGAUGAACAGUGGGGAUUGUAUGAUGGAUUCGACGUCAAGCUCGAGAAGGUGUUGAGGGCCCGGGCCAGACGUGGAGUUAACUGCCAUGGGCGGUACAUGCCAAGGAUGGUGGUUAUCCCUCCUGGAAUGGACUUCAGCAGUGUUGUCAUUCAGGAGGACACAGUUGAAGCUGAAGGAGAGCUCGCAACACUCGUCGGUACUGAUGGGAGUUCUCCGAGGGCGGUCCCACCCAUAUGGUCUGAGGUGAUGCGGUUCCUCACGAACCCCCACAAGCCAAUGAUCUUGGCCUUGUCACGUCCAGACCCAAAAAAGAACAUCACCACGCUCUUGAAAGCCUUUGGCGAAUGCCGUCCAUUACGAGAGCUUGCAAAUCUUGUAUUGAUAAUGGGAAAUAGGGACGACAUCGAGGAAAUGUCGGCGGGAAAUGCCAAUGUCCUCACGACAGUUUUAAAGAUGAUUGAUAAGUAUGACUUAUAUGGGCAGGUGGCCUACCCGAAGCAUCAUAAGCAAUCCGAUGUCCCGGAUAUCUACCGCCUUGCCGCGAAAAUGAAGGGAGUCUUCAUCAAUCCGGCUUUGGUCGAGCCUUUUGGCCUUACAUUAAUCGAGGCGGCUGCACAUGGUCUUCCAAUGGUGGCUACUAAGAAUGGCGGGCCAGUCGACAUCCAUCGGGCACUGAACAAUGGGUUGCUAGUGGACCCACAUGAUUAUAAGGCCAUCGCGGACGCACUACUGAACCUAGUCGCGGAGAAGAACCUAUGGCUUGACUGCCGGAAGAAUGGAUGGCGGAAUAUACACCUAUUCUCAUGGCCGGAGCAUUGCCGGACGUAUCUGACGAGGGUGGCUGCAUGCAGGAUGAGGCACCCACAGUGGCAGACAGACACGCCGCUGGAAGACAUGGCUGCAGAGGAGUCAUUAGGAGAUUCGCUCAAGGACGUCCAAGACACGUCUCUCAGGCUUUCUGUUGACGGUGAGAAAUGUUCACUAAACGGAUCGUUGGAGAAAAAUCCCACUGAAUUACAGAAGGUGGCUGCAGGAAAGGACGAUCCCGAGCUCCAAGAUCAGGUGAAUUGGAUACUGAACAAGAUAAAGAAGCCGGUGGUGGACGUGCAGGAGGCGGAUCCCACAAAGAAACAGCUCGAGAAUGCGGUUAAUACAUCUAGUAAGUAUCCAAUGCUGAGGCGAAGACGGAGGCUGUUUGUGAUUGCUGUGGACUGCUACAACAAUGACGGGUAUCCCGACAGGAAGAUACUACAGGUCAUACAGGAGACAUUCAAGGCCGUUCGAUCAGACUCUCAAAUAUCUAGAUUUUCAGGAUUUGCACUAUCGACAGCAAUGCCUGUCUCUGAGGUGCUUGAAUUUUUGAAAUCCGGAAAGAUCCAACCAGCGGACUUUGAUGCUUUGAUCUGUAGUAGUGGAAGUGAGGUGUAUUACCCAGGUAGUUAUCAGUGCAUGGAUGAUGGAGGGAAGCUGUGCCCGGACCCGGACUACACAUCUCAUAUUGAUUAUCGGUGGGGAUGCGAUGGCCUUAAAAGGACCAUCGAGAAGUUAAUGAGCUCACAGGAUGCUAAAGGUUCGGGUCUGAUUCAAGAAGAUGUGAAAUCAAGCAAUGCACACUGUGUUUCUUACAUGGUCAAGGCUUCCACCAAGGCAAAGAGAGUGGAUGAUCUGAGGCAAAAGCUAAGAAUGCGGGGACUCCGCUGCCAUCUGAUGUAUUGCAGGAACUCCUCGCGGAUGCAAAUCAUUCCACUCCUCGCAUCUCGAUCACAAGCUCUCAGGUACCUGUUUGUUCGGUGGGGAUUGAACGUGGCGAACAUGUUCGUGAUCCUGGGUGAGACGGGCGACACGGAUUAUGAAGAGCUGAUAUCGGGGUCCCACAAGACGGUGAUAAUGAAAGGGGCGGUGGAGAAAGGUUCUGAGGAGCUGCUGCGGACGGCUGGGAGCUACCAGAAGGAUGAUAUCGUACCUGGGGAGAGCCCGCUCAGAGCCUACGCUAGCAAACCGACAGCUGCAGAGAUCUCAAAUGCACUGAAGGCUGUCUUUAGAUCUCAUUCUGGAAUGCGGUAAUGCGAGUUUCAGAUAAUCGAUGAUGCUAGUGUAAGUCUUUCAUCUUUUAUAUAUAUAUUACUGUGAGCUAGACGCGUAUGAUCUGUUCCGGUAGAAUGCGAAUCAGUGUCCA